AUGAAUACAACCAAAUUUGUAUCAUACAUUAACAACUGUACACAAUACAAUGAUACAAGAGAUGGAACCGAACAAGUGUAUAUAUUUCCGAUAUAUUUAUUUUUGCUUGUUUUAAGUCCGAUAGCAUUGGUAAUCAGUUGUUUAGCACUAACAGUUUUAACUAGACCACAAGCAAUACGUUUAGGUUCAAUGCGAGUAAAUUUAAUUACACUGACAAUAUUUGAAGCACUGUUGAAUUUAAUGAUUUUCAUGGUUUCAUUAUCUUAUGCCACUAAACUACUGGAUGACCAACAAAAUCUUUUCAAGACACUCAUAGAUAUUGCGUGUUUUAUCUUAAUUGGUGGUGCUUUAUGUUCACGAAACUGGACUAUAACGUUGAUAUCAUUAGCGCGUUGUGUUGCAAUAACUAAGCCGAUGAUGUCACGAAAAACAAAUUCACAUUUAUUCCAACCAAAAUGGAUGGCCGUGUGUACAAUUAUUUGCAUACUAACAGGAUUUCUGCUCAGUGUUUUAAGACUGUUUGAAAAGCAAAUAGAUGUUUGCGUAAAUCAGAAUAACAGAAUUAUACUGUUACCAAAUACGCAAUGGAGAAUCGCUAAGGAUUUAUUUUUCACAUUUCAAUCAGCAUUACCAAUAUUAAUUGUUGUAUUAACAACAAUUAUUAUGUUGAUUGCUUUGUUCCGUCACAAAUUACCUAAUUUAAAUCAUAAUAUGCCGAAUAGGCCUACAGAACGUUCAGAUGUUCAUAAAAGUAAUCCGAUUAACGCCACUAGUAACAACUUCAAUGCUGACUGUUCAUAUACAUCUAAGCAAAAUUCUACACGAACAAGACAACAUCAAAUUUUACUUGAAUAUAAAAUGAAUGAACGUCGUUUACAAAAUCAAGUCAGAGCUACACGUAUGGUUACAUUGCUUACAGUUAUAUUUAUUUUAUUUGAAUCACCCGUAUUCUUUUGUGUAAUAUUUGAAUAUAAAUUUCCUCAUGGACAAUUCGAUCUUGUGACAAAUGCAUUAAAGAGUUUAGUCGUUCUGGAUUCAUGUGCAAAUGUCAUCAUCUACUUAAUUAUGAGCAAGCGUUUUCGGCAGGAAACCGUACGCCUGUGGAGGUAUGCAAGACGGCAGACAAGACAAGUGUUAACCAAUCAGUCAGAAGUAACGUUUUGA